AUGGCGACAACUUCUCGUCUCCUCCUCAUCGCUUCAAUCUUUCUGAGUCUCCUCGCCAUUGGAGCCAACUCAAGGCCAGGCAUUCACUUCCACCCUUGCAAUACCCUUUUCAUCUCCUUCACCAUCUCCUCCGUCAAAUCCCCACACUUCCGAAACCCUAAUGGCCCAAACCCCUCUGGUUUCUUCACCAUCUUCAGCGUUAUCAGGGAAUUCAAUCCGAAAAACAUCGAAUUCAUUGACCAUGAUGAUCGCCCCGUUAUUCACCAUCCAGUUUGGGAUCAACUUCCGAUUCAGCAUUCCUACCGCGAUGAUGUCGUCAAGCCUGACAUCGUUCGUCCUAUGUACCUUUUUGGUUCUUUUAGUAUUGGUUCGCUUCGUGAGCAUACCAAGGACAUUCUUAGCGUUCUAGUUUCUUUACUCUUCGGUGUGGGCUGUGGUGCUUUGACUUCUGCUACUAUGUACUUGGCUUGGUCUCUUAUCAUCAACAGGUAUGGAUUCAAUGAUUCUGAGCGUGAAGAUGAAGAUGGUGAUGAUAGUGAUUGUUUCAGUGACUAUGAUGUGAAGAAGAUGGGAUACGUUAAGAUCCCUGAAGACCCAAUUGCUGCUCCGGCCAAAGAAGUGGUAUGA